AUGACAGAUAUUUACAAGUGUAGCUUAGCUGAAUUGGAUAAGUUGGAAGGUGAUGAAAUAAGAUUAGAUAGAUUUGACAGCAGCGUCUGCUGGAAAUUAGGAUCGAUUGCACGAGACUUAUCUCUUGAAAGAUAUCCCACCAAACCUGUUGUUAUUGAUAUUUCAUUGGCUUCUGGUCAAGUAUUAUUCCAUUCGGUUACUAAUGAUGGCACAUCAUUAGACAAUGAUCAAUGGAUUUCAAGAAAAAAGAGAACGGUCUUAAGGUUUGGCAAAUCAAGUUUUUAUAUUGGUCAAAAGCUUAGAAUCAAGGGACAGCCAAUGGAGGAUGCACUUUUUGUUUCACCAAUUGACUACGCUAGUCACGGUGGUAGUGUCCCAAUUAGAAUCAAGGGAGUCGAUGGAGUUAUAGGUACAUUAACGAUCAGUGGUUUAGCUCAAGAAGAAGAUCAUUUAUUGGCAAUUGAAGUAUUAACUAAGGUAUCCAAAAAUUAG